UGAGCAGCAUCUGAGGAGAUUGACAACGUGAUAUGAUAAGCAGCUCGACACACUAGCGUUUCAUGAUAAUUAAACUUAUCUUUAGAUAUCGUCUGAUAGCUGUAGAGGUAGAUACCUUUAGAUAUUUGUAUUUAAUUUGAUAUAAAAUGGCAGGGAAGAAGAAAGAAGCGAGUCUGCAGGCUUCUGUGACAAACCAAGAGCAGUGGGAGGAAAUGCUUGCAACCAAAGGUUUAACAGUUGUAGAUGUGUAUCAGCAGUGGUGUGGCCCCUGUCGAGCUGUGGUCAGUCUCCUGCGAAAAAUAAAGAACGAACUGGGUGAUGACCUGUUACACUUUGCCACAGCCGAGGCAGACAGCAUUGAUGCUUUGGAAAAGUAUCGAGGGAAAUGCGAGCCCACCUUCCUCUUCUAUGGGGGUGGGGAGCUGGUGGCUGUGCUGCGAGGGGCCAACGCUCCUCUCCUUCAGAGGAUGAUUGUGGAGGAGCUGGCCAAGGAGAAGUUGGUCCUGGAGCAAGGUGGUGAACGCAAAGGGGUGAGCAGCAAGAUACACACACUUUCACAUACAGAGCGCA